GACCAGCUUCGGCUGGACUAGCUUGUUAGCUGCUAGCUGGGAGAGACGCCAUUAGUUGGUGGGUAGAGGCAGGAAGUGACUCCGCGUUUGAAGCCGUUUUUCUCUCCGCUGUGGGCAGAUCUGCGUUAACCUUUGGGCGCUGAGCGUUGUCAAAGUGUUCUCAUGGGUUCUGCCGCGCAAUAAAGUCGGGCUUCAGUCCCGACGGGGUUAGCAUUAGCGGCGGUAGCUCGGAAACGCCUGUUUUUGGAUUAAAGUCGAGGAUUCCUGGAAUAAAGGUGUAACCAUGGCAACAGCGGGGGCGUCCGGUGGCAGCAAAACGUUUUCCUUCAAGGUGGUGCUGCUGGGGGAAGGCUGCGUGGGGAAGACGUCGCUGGUUCUGCGCUACUGCGAGAACAAAUUCAACGACAAACACAUCACAACGCUGCAGGCGUCCUUCCUCACAAAGAAACUCAACAUCACAGGCAAGAGGGUGAACCUGGCCAUCUGGGACACGGCGGGCCAGGAGCGGUUUCACGCGCUAGGUCCCAUCUACUACAGAGACUCCAACGGAGCCGUUUUAGUCUACGACAUCACCGACGAGGACUCCUUCCAGAAGGUGAAGAACUGGGUCAAAGAGCUGAGGAAAAUGCUGGGCAACGACAUUUGUUUAUGUAUCGUAGGAAAUAAAACCGAUUUGGACAAAGACAGACACGUCUCCGUGGAGGAGGCAGAGAGCUAUGCGGAGUCGGUUGGAGCCAGACACUACCACACGUCAGCCAAGUUAAAUAAAGGCAUCGAGGAGCUCUUCCUGGAUCUCUGUAAACGAAUGAUGGAAACGGCUCAGGCAGAGGAGAGGGCGAAGGGCAACGGAGCCAGCCAAUCAGCAUCCAGUAGACGCGGCGUUCAGAUCGUUGAUGAUGAGCCACAGGCCACGCCCGCUAGAGGGUGUUGCUCUGGCUAACACACACACACACGCACACACACACACACACACACACACACACGUGCUUGCAAACAUAAUCUUCACACACACGUUUAUCGGUGUCGUCCUGCUCAACAAAAUAAAAGUAACUCACCUUCUGA